UGCGUGACGCGCCGCACGCCACUCGGGCUCGCUCGGCCGCUUUCGCACAACCUCGGCUACGGCUCGGCGCUCGCGCAUGCCACAACAUUAUUUAUUUACAAACAACCAAACCGGCUUUGACGUUCGUCGUUUAUAAGCUUUCAACAGGAUAAACUUGAGUAGCAGACGCGAUCGCCAUGUCAGUCAUAAUUGACUCAUCAGACCUGGAGAGGGAGUACUCUCCGAGCCAGUGGUCGACGCGCUUCGCCACGUCGCGGGAGGUGCUCCAGAACCACGUACAAUUAGUAACAGCAGCAAGUGAAGAAGCAACUAACAACAUUCCACAUAAACUGGAGAUCGAAUACGGACCCACCUUAAAUCAGAAACUCGAUAUUUUCGGCACUGACUUACCAAAUGAUUCGCCAAUCCUCGUGUACGUGCACGGCGGCUAUUGGCAGGAGUUGAACCGCGAGAUCUCGCGCUACCCGGCUGGCCCCCUGUACCGCGCGCGCGUCAAGACCGUGGUGGUGGGCUACGACCUGUGCCCUUCGGCCACACUGCCGGAGAUCGUGCAGCAGAUACAGAAUGCAGCCAGAUUCGUGUUCGAGUAUGCUGACAAAAUGGGAUCGAGAGGUGUAUACUUCGCUGGUCAUUCAGCCGGCGCCCAUUUGGUGGCAAAGCUCCUGUCUGACACCGACUUCCUGGACAACACGCCAGGCUCCAACCGCCUGCAGGGCGCCUUCCUGAUCUCGGGUAUCUACGACCUCCGCGAACUAGUGCUCACCUCUGUCAAUGACGCCGUCCAGCUUCCCACCGAGUGGGCUGUCCCGCUCUCCCCACAGUUCGACUGCUACACGCACCUGCAUGCUAGAAGAGUACGACUAUACAUCUUAGCUGGACAAAACGAUAGCCCAGUAUUCAAAAAACAGUCAAGAGAAUUCUAUGAACUUCUGCUAAACACUUGCCUGACCGCUAACAUGUACCUCGAAAUUAAGGACGAGGUGGACCACUUCGAUAUCGUAGAAUGUUUGGCAAAUGAUGACAAUUAUCUUAAAAACCUCCUGGUACAUGACAUAAGAAAGCAUUUGUGUUGAGUUUUCAAUGUUAAUUAUAAAACAUACUUGUAUCUAUUUGGCUCGGUAAGUUGUGUGUUUAAUAAGUAGGUAACAGCUUUUUUUGUGAAAGCUUCUAAGUCACAAGCGACCGAAUUGUCGGAGUGUUGUUAAAAAAUAAAUAUUGUGUUCAAAUGGCAUUUCAAGAGCGAAUAUUUUAUAUGUAUAAUAUAAACUAGUGGGUAUGAAGAAGAAGACUGUUUACUAACAUAGUUUAUUUAAGAUUUAUGUGUAGUCAAUAAAUUUACUAUUGCGUAAGUAUUUACACUUUACACAUUUACACACAAACAUGUAAGGUUAGAUGGG